UUGUAGCAAAUAAAUAUUUUUAAACUGUAAUGUAUUUGACAAGCAGUGACUUUUCAAAUCAUGACGGCGCUAGUUUGAUUAACAAAAUUUGACAAUUUGCUUUGUAAUCAUGGCGUCCGAACGUUAUAGUUUCUCUCUCACAACUUUUAGUCCCUCUGGAAAAUUGGUGCAAAUCGAAUAUGCCUUAGCAGCUGUAGCAGCUGGUGGUACCUCCGUCGGAAUUAAAGCAUCGAAUGGUGUCGUGAUCGCAACUGAAAACAAACACAAAAGCAUUUUAUACGAUGAACACAGUGUAAACAAAGUUGAAAUGAUCACAGGACAUAUCGGUAUGGUAUACUCCGGUAUGGGCCCGGACUACCGUUUGCUGGUGACCCAGGCUCGUAAGAUGGCACAACAGUACUACCUGAUGUACCACGAGCCUAUCCCCACAGCACAAUUGGUGCAACGUGUCGCUACUGUCAUGCAAGAGUACACACAGUCUGGAGGAGUUCGUCCGUUUGGCGUCUCUCUACUGAUCUGUGGAUGGGACAGCGGUAGACCUUACCUGUUCCAAUGUGAUCCUUCCGGUGCAUACUUUGCUUGGAAGGCCACCGCAAUGGGGAAGAAUUUUAAUAACGGAAAGACAUUCUUGGAGAAGAGGUACACCGAGGAGUUGGAGCUAGAUGACGCUGUCCACACAGCGAUCCUGACUCUCAAGGAAGGUUUCGAAGGUCAAAUGACGGCUGAUAAUAUAGAGGUCGGGAUCUGUGACGCCGCUGGCUUCAGACGACUGGAACCAGCCCACGUCAAGGACUACCUCGCCAAUAUACCAUAAUGUCAUUUAUAUUAAAAUUAUAAGUAUUUCAUUA